UUAUCCCCAUUUCUCUCUAACACUUCCUCAAAACAAUAAGCUUUUCCUUCGCUCUUCUUCUCAGCUUUCUCUAUAGAAUCAAAAAUCAAAAUUAGAUCUUCAAAGAAAAAAAAACAUUCUUUUUAUUUUUCUCUUCUUUGUACAAGAGAGUGGCCCAGUAGAUCGUAAUCUUCAGCCCCUUUUCUUCUUCAUUAUCUAGACGAUCUGAGCUCUUUAAAUGAUGCUAGAAAGCCACCCACUUGUCUGUUUCAGCUGAAAAUCAUUGCUGCAAUUUCUUUUCUGGGUUGUUGUAAAGCUUUUUAACCUGAGAAAUCUGGGAGGUUUGAAUUAUCGUCAUGGAGUUUAGCUGAUAAAUCCAUGGGAGAAUCUUGGGGGAUAUGUGAUUAAAGGACGUGGGUCUGAGGAAUGGGAACAAAAAUUCAGUCGAAAAGCUAUUUGCCAGGAUUUUAUUCAAUGAGAGAUCUCAACGAGGAUUCUAAUAGUUGUAGCUGGCCACUUUAUUACGGGGAUAAGACUUUGACAAAUGGUCAGUACUACAAUAGUUUUUUCCCGAAGGCUGUGGCAGAUUCAUAUCCUCAACAUGAUAGGGAUCGAUUGAAGAGAAAAAUGCUCGAACAUGAGGCUAUAUUUCAGAAUCAGUUGUCUGAGCUUCAUCGCCUGUAUAGAAUACAAAGGGAUUUGAUGGUUGAAGCAAAAAAUAAAGAAUUACUGAAAAAUCCGAUUCCUGUUGAACCAUCAUCAUCAUCAAGCUUGUUAGCGUCACAACUUAAAACUGAAGUUACUCACAACUGGCAUUUCCCCAACUUCUCUGUGGCAAACUUUGUUUGUGGUAGACCAUCGAUUUCUGGUGUUGAAGAUGCUCAUUCUCCCCUUAGUUCCGUGAAGGGAAGCAGCAUCCAAGCUGGUCCCUUUUUGUCCCCAAAUGGACUUAAUUCCAAGGACGUUGAGGUGCUAGACAGCAGGCCGAUGAAAGUGAGAAGGAAAAUAUUUGAUCUUCACCUUCCAGCAGAUAAGUACAUUGAUACUGACGAAGCUGAAGAGUUCAGGGAUGACACAACAUCCAGCAUGUCAAGUUAUCUUCCAAAUGGAAAUGGGAAAAUUGAGCCUGAGAGCGGUGGGAAGCAAGAUGCUCUGAGAUCUGAUGCAUGUUUGAGGGGAAAAAAUUGUUUCGCUGACUUGAAUGAUCCAGUUCAAAUCGAAGAAACCAAGUUUCCACAUUUUCUAACUUUGUUGUCCAUGAUACCUCUCAUGGAGGCCGUGAAUCGUCUGCUAAACCAAAGCCAGAACUUCUUGGCUUGCCAAAAGACAUUUCUGUGAAUUCUCAUCACCAAAGUGAUAAUCAGUCCCUAAACAAUAUGCAUGUUGGAAAUGAUGAGAAUGCUAGAGGAUUAUUUUCCCAUGUGAUUGAAGGGCACAGUAGAAGCAACUCGACUUUUGUUUCACAAAGUUUCCGGCCACAGAAGUUGUCUUUAUCGAACCAGCAUGCACAUGGUCUUUUUGACAAAGAUCCAUCAACGUUUUCACCAACUGAUCAAAGCAAGGCAGGUCUCUCAAGAGAAAGAAUGCUUCACAGUUUAGAAGUUCCGGGAAGAAAUCAUGAAAUUUCCAAUAACAUCAAUCCGGAUUCAAACAUGGGUUUCAAUGUUCCUAGUUUUGGUCCAUUUGCUUCUUCUGAUCCUGUAAAUCUAUGGUCUCAUUCAGUUUCUUCUUCGGAGAAGCCUUCCAGUAGCUUAAACCAGAAGUUCAUGUCAGUUCAGCCUUGCACAUUUAUGUAUUCAUCUGGUCUUUAUAGUAAGAGUGCUGUUAUAACACCCCAUUGCAAUGGGAAUUUCGGAGAGAAGUGGCUGGCGAGUAGCAAUUCAAGACUUAACCCAGGUUUUGUAAGAGAAUUGCCCAAUCGAAAUGGUUUUUGUUAUGGAUCCUCACCGGGAUCAAAGGAUCUUGCAAUACACUUCCUUUCAACCAGUUAUGAUUAUGCCAAUGGUGCUGCUGCUGGCAAGGGGAUCUUUGAUCAAUUCUCUGCUCAUGGUUCGACUAAGCCAUACAACUGCUCAAAUGAUGGUGAUAUGAAGUCUACAAGUGAUGUGAAUUUGAAUGUGGUGCUUUCAAACAGUUCAUCUAACAAUUCAGUUUCACUACGAGGUCCUCAAAUAGAUGGAGGAAUAAAGCAUGGAAAUCAUUCACCAGGGCUGCCAUGGAUAAGGGCCAAGCCUGCUUGUAGAAAUGAGGGCAUAAGUGCAGGAAUGGAUCUGAAUGUUGGAGAGCUGAGCUUCUCUCAAUCUUCUCCACAGCAAUCAACCAAAAAAGAUGAGAUUGGAAAUGGUUUCGGUCAAAUUUUAACACAGAAUUUGAAGUCAGAUUCAUCCUCCAUUACCUCCCCGUAUGUAUCUGUUCCUCGGCCAUCUGAAGGUGAAGGGAAAUAUAAGCGGAAAAAUAGGUUAUUUGAUAUUAAUUUGCCUUGUGAUGUGACUGUCGAUGCAAGCCAAGACAUUGUUGUAGAGAAUUCAGCCAUGGAGAAGGAAGUAGAUAAAAAGUUAUCACGUUUCAGAAAUCAUAUUGACUUGAAUUCGUGUGCCGAUGAGGAUGAAACUUCUUUUAUACCGAAUGUUCCGAGCACCGGUAUGAAGAUGACUGGAGGAAUAAUAGAUUUGGAAGCUCCACUCGUUCCCGAACCUGAGGAUGCUAUUCAUGUAGAAGAAUUAUCAGCAAAGGAAGAUGUAACUUUGGAAUCAGCAGCACAAAGCCAAGAUGAGUGCAUGCAGCAUGAACUUAUGAAGAUUGCAGCUGAGGCAAUAGUUUCCAUCUCAUCAUCCAUUCAGCACAUUCAUUUGGAAGAUGUCAGUAGCAGUUCAUCUGAAACUUCUUCGACAGACCCCCUAAAUUGGUUUGUUGAGACAGUUUCCUCUUUUUGCGAGGAUCUUGAGAGCAAGCUCGAGGCUCUUUCGAGAGAUAAAGAUGAGGGUGGAGAGGAAUCUUCCUUAGAAGAGAUCGAUUACUUUGAAUCAAUGAUUUUGAACCUAGCAGAGACUAAGGAAGAGGAUUAUAUGCCCAAACCUCUGGUUCCUGAAAACUUUAAAGUGGAAGAAACAGGAACUAGCUCAUUGUUAACAACACGAACACGAAAGGGCCUGGGAAGGCGAGGAAGGCAACGGAGGGAUUUCCAAAGGGACAUCCUUCCAGGCCUCGUUUACCUAUCGAGGCACGAGGUGACACAAGAUAUUCAGACUUUUGGAGGGCUUAUGAGAGCAACAGGCCAUUCGUGGCAGUCGGGAUUGACAAGAAAUUCUAACAGAGGCGGUUGUGGCAGAGGCAGACGACGUUCAGUAACUAGCUCUCCUCCUGCUGCCACAAGUUGCACACCAUUGGUGCAGCAGCUUAAUAAUAUCAAACUGGGGCUGGAGGACCGAAGCCUUACCGGAUGGGGAAAGACAACUAGACGGCCUCGGAGGCAAAGAUGUCCCUAGUACCAUCUCUUGCGUUAACCUAAUCAAGUAUACUACAGAGGGAACUAGGUCAUUGUUUCGAAUCACACUUGGGAAGAGCUUAUCAUGGUCCCUGGAUAGCCUUUUGUACACACAGCAGCCUGAAAUCCGGCUAUACUUAAUCGUACGUCUUCGAGUGGUUACGAACAUCUUACAUUGUCUAUAAAUAAAGUUGCAUGAUUUCUUCCAA